AUGAAGCUAUUGCCCACUUCAUCCGGGUUGUCCACCCGAGCGGGGUAUCCGGGGAUCAACUUCGAGAUCGAAGUCAAGAUCGAGUUCGCCAGCACAUUCGCGCACACGGAUAAAGUGGCGUUCCCAAAAUCCCGUAGUAAUGUCAACACUGUCAAAUCUAUACCAGCCCGAAUAGUGCCAAGUAGACGCUUUGCGGCUGCUGCAGUGAGCCCGGGUUAUAACCUCUCCACGCCAUCGUAG